GUCUUCUAAUGCUUUGUAGCUGAUAUAUAUUAUAAUACGUUUAGUGAAAGACAAAUUUUAUUCUUGAAUUCAUGCUCAUUGUUUAGCACAGCGUCGAAGCGAGAGUAUUCACGCUAUUUGCUAGAUAUCUGCAAAAAAAACGAUUUAAAAAAUAAGAAAAAUGUUUGCUUUUGUACUAUUGAGUGCUUUACUCGUCUCUGCAUCUGCAGAAUUCUGUUAUCCUGAAGUUGAAGCUGCUUGUAGCACUGCUCCAACAACAGAUGGAGCAUUACUGAAAAAUUGUAACGCGAAAUAUGGAUCAUUUGAAAAUAUGCAGACUGAUCUUCAGGCGUAUACGAACGCACAUAUUGAAUCGAGUUUCGAGUACUUAUUAAUGUCAUCGCAUUUUGGAAAUUACGAAGCCAAUCGAGAGGGUUUUAAAGGAUUGUAUCGAAAAUUGUCCGAUAAUGCUUGGCAGAAGGCUAUCGAUAUGAUUCAAUUUAUCACCAAGCGAGGUGGCACAAUGAAUUUCAAUCAAUUGCCACAUUUCAAGAAAACCGCGUCAGAUUCUCGUGUUUUGGAAUUAAACGAAAUCGGCAGUUUGGCAAAGGCUCUUGACACUGAAAAAGUAAUGGCCGAAGAAGCAUUGAGACUUCACGCACAAACGCAAAAUCAUCCCAAACAAGACGCAGCAGUGGCACAUUAUUUGGAGGAAGAAUUCAUGGAAGCACAAGCUGAUUGUAUUCGAAAAUUGGCAGGUCACUCCAAUGAUCUCAAAAAUCUUCUACAAGAUCGCGAUGCAUCUCUCUCCAUCUUUCUAUUCGAUGAAUAUCUCCAAAAAACUCUCUAAACAAUUCGCUUAUUCUUUUCCAGGAAUUUUUCCUCCCCACAAUUUUUUUGAUAGACAUUUUUUUUCAUGAAAUUCAAUAUAAGAAUUAAUUCAGAACUGUAAAUUAAAAUUCACUGCUUGUGAUUUUGCCAUUAAAAUAUUUUGGUUAAUUAAUUUCUCAAUUAAUGUUCUUCAAGUUUCGAACGAUGAAAUGAACGAAAUCCACGUUCGAAAGAACGUGAAUUUCGUUUAUUUCAACGUUCGAAAAUUGGGGAAAUUUUAAUUAAAUAUAUCUUAGAGGAUUUAAAAGACAAAAAAUAUAUAAAAAGGUACGUAUUUCGUAUUAUAAUUAUAAAUUAUAAAAUGUUAGUGUAAAAUUAAAAAAUGAAUUAUAAUCAUAUUUACUAAAUUAUAAUUAUGAUUUAUUAGAUUACAACAAUGUUUUGAUUUGAAAGAAAUAUUCUAAUUCCGAGAAUUUAUUAUCUAUAUACAGAAUUACAAUUAUAAAUGUAAAAUAAUUAUAAUUUUCAAUAAAACUUUUUAUUUUUCUUUGUAAUUUACAAUAAACGUUGAAAUUAAAAAUUUAUUUACAAAAUUA